AAAGCAGCCUACUUUAAUGUCGAGCUAAUGUGGACGGCUUGGUGAAAGCCGUGGGGGGAGGAGCAUAAACUGAAACGAUUCCUGCCGUUUACCAGCAACGCAAAGACUCUUCGCAGAGCAAAUAUAACAGCCUGUCAUUCACUCGUCGCCUCUCAGCACUCCGGAGUAGCACCUCUUCUCAUUAACGUUGCACAGAUUUCGCGGAUUGGAGAUUCACACUCUCGUUAAGCCGCUAUGGAUACGAACUCCUACCAUCUGCACAUGAGAAAACUUCCCAUUAAUAUAUCGCUUUGCUGACAGCCAUCCGAAUUCCUUUCAUGAUCAUUUGAAUUCGUUGGAAGACGCAGAAACAUCACAUCGCAUAGGAUUGUUGAUGGAGUUCCAUUCCUCUCGCCACAGCGCCAAGGAAAUGUUCAGUACUCGACGACAGGAUUAGAUGUGGGAAAGAUCCCAUGCCAUGGCAGGCUCCAUAGUUUGGGAUGGGCGCCUGUCAUGUUUCCUUUUCCAUGCCUCUGUUCUCCUGCUGCUCAGCAAGGGAGAGAGGGUGUGCCCAGUGAGUUGUCGUUGUGAAGGAAAGAUUGUUUACUGCGAGUCUGGUGCCUUGAAAGACAUCCCAGAAAACAUCUCCCUAGGGUGUCAAGGUCUAUCCCUGCGGUAUAAUAGCCUUCUAGUGUUACAGCCCUACCAAUUUGCCCACCUUAAUCAACUGGUUUGGCUCUACAUAGACCAUAACUCCAUUAGUAAGAUAGACAGCCUUGCCUUCCAAGGGCUGCGCAGACUUAAAGAGUUGAUUCUGAGUUCCAAUAAGAUAAUGCAGUUGCCGAACAGCACUUUCUAUGCUGUACCAAACCUGCGCAACCUUGAUCUGUCAGACAAUCAGCUUCAAGCUCUGAGGCCAGGGCAUUUCCAUGGACUGCGGAAGCUUCAGAACCUUUAUCUCCGAUCCAACAGCAUUAAAUCCAUUCCUACAAGAACAUUUCUGGAGUGUCGUAGCCUCGAAUUCCUGGAUUUGGGCUACAACCGGUUGCGUGCUCUAGGCCGCACAGCAUUUCUGGGGCUGCUCAAGCUGACAGAGUUGCAUCUGGAGCAUAACCAGUUUUCCAAGAUCAACUUUUUCCUUUUCCCACGCCUCUCAAAUCUGCAGUCAUUGUAUCUACAAUGGAACCGCAUACGAACAGUGAAUCAGGGAUCACCAUGGGAUUGGCAUACCUUGCAGAAACUGGAUCUUUCAGGCAAUGAGAUUCAGGUCUUGGAUCCUGAUGUUUUUAGAUGUUUGCCCAACUUGCAGACACUCAAUCUGGAGUCUAACAAGCUUAGCAAUGUCUCUCAGGAGGUUGUGUCACACUGGCUCUCUAUCAGUACCAUCAGUCUGGCAGGAAACAUAUGGGACUGCAGUUCUAGCAUCUGCCCUUUAGUGGCCUGGCUAAAGAACUUCAGAGGCAGUAGAGAUGCCACCAUUAUAUGCAGUAGUCCCAAAUCACUUCAAGGAGAGAGGGUAAUGGGUGCUGUGCAGAACAGUAUGAUAUGUGAAGAGCUGUUCACUGUAGAGCCAACUACAGAACUUCCUACACUCCUGACCACAACUACCACAACUUCAUAUACCACAAAACCGUCCACAAUCUCAGCCACUACUGCAACCACAGCCCCGAGUACAACCAGACAAUCUCCCCAUGUUACCAUAAUACAAAGACUUACCCCAAAGGCUUUAUUUCCUGUUCUCUCAGAUAACAGUGCUUUGCCUUUACCUUCUUUGAUGCCCAGCAGCUUACCCUUUGCCCCAGAGGCAGAAUUUGAGCACAUGACCUUUCACAAGAUAAUUGCUGGUAGUGUGGCACUCUGUCUGUCUGUGUCACUUAUCCUUUUAGUGAUCUAUGUGUCAUGGCGACGGUAUCCCAACAGUAUGAGACAAUUCCAACAGCAUUCGAUCAGACGUAAACGGAGGAAAAAAGCACGGCAGGCUGAGCAUAGCAUCAAUUCUCAACUUCAGGAGUAUUAUCUGAGUUACAACCAUGCCAGUGCAGAGACCAUGGGUACACUGGACAACGGGGUGUGCACAUGCACCAUCUCAGGCUCCAGAGAGUGCGAGGUAUGAACCAUCCCUAAAACACGCAUUCUCUGCAACGAGGGAGUCAGAGAAUGAAUACCCAUAUCCCAGACCUCUUCCAGGUGCCUGGUUGGGAGAUGUCCCCACUCUCUACUGAUGAGAGAAAGCCCCAUUUGAAACCAUCCACUGCCCAAAAACAAUUUGUUUCAAUAAGAAACCAAUUCAUUCUGGUUUUGUCCAAGGAUUUCAUGUAACAUAAUGCAGCUUUUCUGCAUCUGCAUUAGACUGAAUAAGAUGUACUUUAUUUCCUAAAUUCCUUCACUUAGGAACUCAUUCAUUAAUAAGAGCUAAACAAUGUCUCAUCCAUUUGAGAAUAUCCAUUCUUCAUAUUAUCUUCAAAAACACAGCAAAUCUCUCAGGAUGGGUAGAUGAAAAGAAUUUGAGAAACAUUUAUAAUGGCCAAUAUUAUGACGGUACAAUGGUUACUUUCUGUGUCCCCCUCUAGGCCAAUCUGUUCUAUGCUUCUGGAUCAUUGAUUCUGUGCUGUACGGUACUGUAUGGUAUUGUUCUGUAGUAUUCUAUGACUACUCCUGGGCUCUCAAUGGAGGAUCAAAGUAUAGUUGAUCAGUUGUGCACAAACCGCAGUUUCUAGAUGCCUCUUUUAGAAAAGUUCUUUUUGUAGGUAAGUAAAUAAAUAAAUAAGAAGCCUGUAGAGAAAUCAGCUUCUUAGUGCCAUUUUUUUUUAGAAGAGGUAAAUCCACUUCUUCCACACUGACACUACCCAGACUGAUUUUAGGCAGACCACAAGAGACUGAAACUGUGGAUAUGUUUGUUAUAUCUGUGUUUUUUUUCUUUUAUGUGAGAAACAGAAUACUAAAUCACUCAUAUAAAAAGUGCAAGUGUUGUCAUAUAUGAACGUUGUGUGUUUUUACAUGUGGUGUAUAGACAUGCUCUAAUUAUUAACAGCACAAUAAAUUAGUUGAAUAUA